CGAAGCUCGAGCGACUGUCGUCUGACGAGAAGCCGCCUCUCGAAAGCAUACUCUCGUCUCUCCAUUGGCUGCAGGAGGAGAAAUGACUUCGCACACGUGGAAUUUGUUCUGGGGUUCUUCCUUUGUGCGCACACCUCUCAGGAACGGCGUAGGGAGAUAUGUUCAGCAGCUCCAAAGGGUCACGUUUAAGUUUUGUAAGACCCAUGGAGGCAGUCAAGGGAUGAGAGAAUUCAUUGAGAAGGACCUUGUUCAUUUUGCAAAAGUGAACCCAGGAGUUGUUGUGUACCUUAAACCACGUCGUCACAGAUCUCCUUGCCUCAAGGCUGAAUACUUAAAUGGUGAGGAAGAAUAUAUCUCGGCUCACAACCUCUCAAGUAGCGAUAUCAAGAAAUGGGUUGAAUACCUUAGAAUGCGGUCAGGAAAUCCAGUGGAGCGUCUCAGAAAGUAUCAGCAUACAGAUCACCCAUCCAUUCAAGGCCCUUGGACGCCCUGGACACAUCGAGAUCUUGAGAUUAACAUUGCUGAAUAUCCCAGUGAGAAGCUGUCUGCAGCUCAUGUGACAGAGAAGACUGCAACAGAGCAGAUGAUAGAAUUAUUUGAAAAGCAGAAGAUUGCCAGUGGAUCAAAUACAUCAGAAUGAGUUCUUUUUAAGUAUCAGUUAUUAAGUAGGUUUAACUGAAAUAACAGUGAAAGCUUGAAAACAUUACUGUAAGAGUAAGGAAAGUGACAAAAUAAAAGAAAAUAGAGAGAUAAAAAAUAUAAAAGAAUAUUUUCUUGAUUCAAGACAUUAGGAUUGAUAUUUAUAAAAAUAGUGUACAUUUCUUAGAUACAACAAAUUUUACAUACAACAAAACAGAAAUUUUGAUUUGCUAAUCAUGUAUCUUCUGCAUUAUUGAACUUGAUAUUACAAACUGUAAAGUGUAUAUAUAUGUAUGAAUUUUGUAAAUAAAUGUUUUGUGAAUU